AUGAGCGCGCACCGCGGCACGAAGACAGCUGCUCAUGCCCCUGUCCAGCCCUCGCUGCGCGCCCUCGAUGCACAUGUUCAGAAGCUGCGGGCAGAGGCGCGGACGGGGCUGAGCUCGCAGGAUGUACGGAGAGCCCUUAUCAAGGAGGAGCUGCGACCGCCUCUCUUUGGUGGUGGUGGUGGCGGUGGAGCACGUGGCCCACGGGCGCCGUCGCUUACCGCCGGCUCUGCAACCUCAGGAUCCGUGGCUGCAUCAGCAGCAGCGGGCGGCGGCAUCGCUGACAUACCGCCCGCGUGGUUAGAAGGUGACUUCCACCUCAAGCCGGUUGUCGCUGAUGGGGGUGGAGCGGACGCCGCGUCCCCGUCCGCCUGCAUGCGCCUCGCAGAAGCAGCAACCGCCAUCACGCCUACCGGCGCGGCACCUUUGCCUCUAGACUCUAGCAACGCACUCCGCACGUACCAAGCGCUGUGCACCGCCGCCGAUGAAGUGGACUACAAUGUGUCACACGAGGAGGCACUGCGGCAGGUGGAGGAUCGCGAUGGUCAGACGGGGCUGGCGACCACAUGGCGAACGCGGCGUUGCCCAUCAGCACCGCUGCCUUUCAGCUCGAUAGCGGUGACGGCCUCAGCGUUGAGUUGGGAUGAACGAGGGGAGCGUCCGAUGUUCGCGGGCGGUGUAGAACCGGCCGGCAAUCUCCGUGCGGCUGCGUCUCACGAGCUGUACACAAAGCCGCCAUCGCGGCCGUCUGUGCUUGGUCGCGGUGCCGCUGGCCGCCUUUCUGCUGCACUCUCUGCCUCUCGGCCCGCCUCGCAGGCGUCCAUCAUAUCCGCCGUGACGUCAUCGGCGAUCACCACAACGAGAAGAAUGAAAGCGCAAGUGUUGCGCUCGUGUGGUGGUGGUGGUGGCGGCGGUGGCGCGUUCUCCUCCUUAUCCACGGAGGGCACGGCGGUCGCGCGCAGCUCCGCGGCAACGUACGCGAUGGCGCUCCGCCAACGUGUGCAGGAGCAACGCGAAUGCGCGAGUGGCGUAGAAGGUGGUCCACCGCGGUCGAGUUGGACCUCGACAGUACGUCUUGGCAGAGAGGACAAUGCGGGCAGCGGCGGAGCUGCUGCGCUCGAGUGGCGGACGCGCAUGACGGCUGCUGUGACAGUGGCAGUGUGUCCAUCAUGUCACGCGUGGUUUGAACGCGCGCUGCAACAGCCACGGGGGCCUCUGCCAUCGGAGGAGGCUCGACAACAGACAACGGGGAAGUCGGAUGACGCUCCAAGGUGCUGCUGUACUCGCUGUGGCCUUGACGUCGACGCUGCAGCCGGCGCAGACACUCCUGUGGCCGCUGAGGGGGGGGCAGGACCUCGGUGGGUCUGGGCUCCGUCUGCCACAAUAGGCAGCUCUGAAGCAACCAAGCGAGACGUUCGUGGAACUCCUGCAAGAGGCAUUGACUCUGCUGCUGGCAACGGGCCGCAGCAGCCAUCCUCCCCAACCUCGGCAGCAAGGCAUCGUAUCACCGACGGCGCGGGUGGUGAGGCGUGCGGCACCGACACUGUUGGCUUCGCAGAGGGCAGCAACGGAGGUGAGGAGGAGUCCUUCGCUGCGUUGGUGGCGCGCAUCCGGGCCUCGAGGCUCAGAGCGCAGGGAGACGAGGAGAGGAGCAAUGCGAUGGUCACCAGUGUCUCAGAGGCACCCGCGCGUCAGGCGCCGCUGAGUAGCGCUUCCAUAGCGCCUCUCCGCCCACCUACGGAGUUAGCGCCAGCUGCAGCGCCUAAGGGUGUUGGUAUCUCCCGUGUAUGCACCGAGACUGGCAUGUCAGGCGAAACCAUGUCCUUUCCUCCAGCAUCACUCUCUGGGCCUCCUCCCUUGGGCGAGCUGACCUUGCCCACCCGCGUGAACCCGUUCGCCAAGAGCCUUCGUGUCGCCCUCAGCCGCCUCUACUUUUACGACCUUUGGGCGGGUGCGAUGAGUGAGCAGUCGUGA